AUGGAGCGGCAUCUCGCGAGCCGCGGCCAUCCACAACCACCGCCCAAGAAGCAGCACCAGGAACCUGCAAAGGCCGUCCGAACCAGCCACUGGUAUCUGACCGAUCCCAAGCUGCCCGAGCGCUUCGACAGUCCCGGCACUUGGAACUACAAGAUCAACAAGCAGCAUCCACUGUUCACAACGACUUCGAAUCAAUACGGUAGUUACUACCCGUCUAUCCACGAGAUGCCCCUCAAGUUCCACGGCCAGUCCUCGCGCUUCACCGAGCAUCUCAGCCGCGCUGGACCCUAUCGGAACUUUUCGCUCAACACCAAGUAG